GUGGAAUUAUCCAACAUCAUUGUACAGACAGUGUUAUCGAUCAUGCUGUUAUUAUCGAAGGCUUUGAUAUGUCAGGUAUGUAUAUUUGCAGAAUUACGUUUUCCAGAAUUUACGUGUCUUAGUCUCCUUCGCAGCCUGUUCGCGGGUGCGAUGUUUUCUCCCCACUCUCGCACCCGCGAACAGGCUGCGAAGGAGACUACUAUGGCCUAUGCAUGCUAAAAUAAUUAUUAAAUCUAUUUUCACAAUUAUUUUACCCACUCACAAUGACGAGCGCAUUAUUUGAAGAAAGUUGCAUAAUUAUAAAGAACAAAGUUGAGUGCAUGCAAUUGGUAAUUUUUUCAUUUUUCAAUAUACCUCAAUCAUGCAUGUUCUAUAUUUGAAGGUGAGAUUCCAUAUUGGAUUGUUCGUAACUCUUGGGGAACUGACUUUGGGCUUGACGGCUAUUUGUAUAUAAAAAUGAAUGAGAAUAUAUGUGGUAAGUAACAUGUUUCCAUGCAAUGACAAUGUUUUCUGGUUUGGAAUUAAGUAACUCAUACAUGCAGUAUAACUGAUCUUUUAUGCCUAGUAUUCUUGCUUGCACGCAUGUACUGUUGUGAUAUUGCUAAAAUACCAUUGUCUGGUUCAUUGUUAACGUUUGCAGGUAUUGCUGAAAGGGUAUCGUAUGUGAGAAUAUGA